AUGAGCGCUUCACUAUCUCCGAUCAAGAGGAGGGCAUGCGUGGCGUGCACGAUUGCUAAAGCGAGAUGCACGCCACAGGCCGCCAACCUAUGCCAGCGAUGUGCUCGCUUAGGCAAAUCAUGCACUUACCUUGACCUUCCACAGACGAAACGGAGGUACAAGGCUGCACCAAGCCGUGUGGAGGUGCUGGAGAAAAAGGUGGACCAACUGAUGUCCCAGCUGGCCACCUUGACCCGACAGAGCGGGCAAACAUCGCCCGAUACUUCGAAUACGCUCACCAACGACUUGAGCUCAUCUCACGACUCCGAGCUGGAUUUAACAGACAUUACCGCACUACUGGAUGCUGCUGAAGACCCGUCCCACGGGCCCGAUCCGCCGACCAGCUCUGUUCUGGAGGGCCAGCCAUCUAUCGUGGAUCAAGGGCUUUUGAGUGAAGCUGAGGCUGAACGCUUGGUUGCGACCUUCCGGCUUGAUUUGGUGCCCAAGUUUCCCUUUGUAUUGCUUGCACAAGGCGAGACAGCCGCUCGCCUAAGUGACCGUGAGCCCUUUCUCUUUUUGUGCAUCAUGGCCGCAACCAUGGGUAGUGCGCACCCUCUGCGUAAUAUUGUUACCGAGGAAAUUAUGAAGCACGUUACGUUGAGGAUUGUGACACGGUCCGAGAGAAAUCUUGAGUUGCUCUGUGGUCUUUUGGUUCACAGCGCAUGGUACACAUAUCCUGCCGAGAAACAUCACCCGCGGCUCUUAUUGUUGGUUCAGCUUUGUCUUUCUAUUCUGUAUGAUUUGGGACUUCACAGAAAGCCUAGUCUAAGUUUCGAUGAGCAGCGGGCGCUGCUCGGUACUUAUUGGCUGUCGAUCGGUCUUUGCGGCACACUCGGCCGGCCGAUUAUUACAAAACAUGAUGGUCGAAUUGAUGAGUGCAUUGGGGGUAUAGCAUCUACCCAGCAUCGGUCAGAUCGAUGGGUCCCGCUAUUUGUCCGCCUACAGACUUUCAUUGAAACGAUGGAUGAAGUAUAUGCUUCGAUGCAAGCAAGCGGUGGCAAAGUGCUCGUCCAAAUUACGCAGGGCUCUUUACAGCGGCAAUUUAACGGCGUGAGGUCAUCUGUAGAAAAAGAUCUCUCGCUCUGCCCUUCCUCAACAGAGAAUGCAACUCGCAUUGAGAUCAAACAUGCGGAAAUACGGCUUGAGGAAUUAUGCCUUCGGGAGGAACUGUGGAUUGCAGAGCCAGACUGCGCAGUCCGGAUAACCAUGCUGAUAAGUAUGAUCCAGCGAAGCAAGGAGCUCAUUCAGACGAUCAGAAACCUACCAGUGGCGGAGAUUGCCCAAAUGACAAUAACUACAUGUGCUCGUAUUUGCACUGCAGUUGGCUAUAUACCUUCAGCAGUAUUGACCCUUCUCAAGCUCAUUGCUAGCCCCACCGACUCUGCUAUGCAGGCCCAGAUACAGACUGUUAUUGAUGAAGCAGAUUAUCCCAAUCUUGUCACCAAGCUUGCCAAAGCACUGGAGACAAGAGUUGAGGGAAUGUCCGCGGCAGACAAGGAGACGGACAUUGUGGGAAGCCUCUGCUCUAAGAUGCGGCUGCUAGCACGUUGUUAUCCUUAUCAAAUCAGGGCAACUGUGGGAAAUGCGCCGUCUCAACACGCAAGGCAGGAUUCGUCCAUGAUGGCAGUUCAGGGAACUGAGGUUGCUAUGACACCCCAAUUCUGGCCGUCUAUUGAUGGCGAUUUGGAAGACAUACUCCCUCUCGAAGACAUCCAGUGGGAUUCUCUAUUGAGCAAUUUCACUGGAUUCAGCUAG